AUGCGGUCGAGCUUCUUCAUAAGUGUUGACGCCCAUUCGUCGUCUAAGCGUACAUCAUUACGGAACAAAUUGCGGAUAGAAAGUUUGGAAAAGGGUGGAGCCCAAGGGAAGUUUAACGCUCUCGAUAGAGACCGUGAGUGCGAUGCUGUACGGGCCAAUUUGGCAGAGGGGACAGCUAGAUAUGACUUAAACGACCUCGUCAACGUUUAUAACGAAAAUAACGGACAUCGGAUCACAAUUGCAAGGAAAGGUGCAACUGGAAACGUGACUGAGACAACUCGUUCAUUGAAGACGAUUCUAAGAAUGUUGCUCAACAACAUAGGAGCAUCACUGCAUCUUGAAGCUAAUUUUGGUCUUGCCUGCAGCGCAAUUAUUUGUGAGAAAACAACAACAUGGGAGGCACACAUGGGUCUCGUUUUUCCCCGACUUUUUCACAACCUAACCAGCAAGAAUAUUGAGCCAAAUUAUGAACAAAUACGUCCGUUGGAAAUAAUAAUCAUUUUCUUGUACUUUCUAUCGCCGAUUCACGCAGUGGGAACUUUCGAAUCACUCUGUGCGUACCCAUUUUUUUAUGGCAGGGGAACACUGAAGGGGACGAAGUGCGAUGUGGAAUAUUAUAUGGAUACAUCAGACGAUUUAAAGGCGUACGAUAUGUGCGCAACGUUGUCUCCUUUCGAAAUCACUUAUUACAAGUUUGGUUAUCCAACCUUGUGCACUUAUGUCAAAACGCACUUCUGCGAGGACAGCGAACUGACAUUGUAUGAUAAAUGUAUCGUAGUCAAAGGCUUUGCUGAAUAUGGUUCGUCAGGAUGCGGCGAUCGAUAUAAGAUGCAUAAUAUUGAACAUCGCGAAGAACAAAAGUGGAUUACAGUAUUGUUGGAAUCGACUAUCGCGGAAGUGUGGAUUGCUAACAUAAAUGAAGGUGCGAAGUUCCUGAACCCAAGGUUUGACAAAGGGACAAAAGGUAUUGGUACAGAGCAAAUGAAGGUAACUUUGCGUAUACAAGGUGACUCAUUUGGUUCCUAUCUGAGAGGGACUGCAUUUUACGAACACAUGUCUAAGAAUCUUCCGCACUUGUGCUCAAAACCAGCAAGGGCAUCUGAAGCAACUAUUCUUGAAAUUUCCAAUAUGUUCGAAACACUAGGAUUUCAAGGCGGAAUAGCAAAAGACCGGAAAGGUAAUGCACGUCCGUUUUUAUUUUUUCCCUCGAUGAUGCCUGUGAAAGGUGGAAAAUUCGAUCCCAAGUUCGAUGAGCUCCAUGAAACUUGCCAGUUGCUUCCUAAUGGAUAUGCUGCCUCUCUCUACGAUUUUCUCAGUGUGGAUGCAUUUAUAUCUGCUCGAGCAGGAUUACCAGCAGGAUUGUAUAGAGCAAGUGUAGGACGCAUCCCAUCGUUCUCAAGCGAUCCGAGCAGCGACUGCAGUUUGGAUAAGGAUUAUAAAGCAAACAGAAAAAGGUGGACUUACUAUGGUCCAAAAAAUUCUACUGCUAUAUCUGACGAUAAAUAUUGGAGUGAUAAGUAUCCAGCAAACACUUGCGCCGAUCUUCCACGUACCACUGUGGGUCUACUAAACCACUACGUGGAUAUACCAGCCUUCGUUCGUCGUCCUAUUAUUUGCACAUACGGCAACCCCCCAGAUCUACCACCACUUAGACCAGAUGAUCAAUGCAACAGGGCCGCUCAUUUUGAUCAUAACAAACAACGAUGCGUUUGUAAUGAUCCCAGUGCCGAUGGUAAAAUUAAAGACCCUGAAAAAUAUGGGAAAUUCCCUGAGGGAGUCAUUUGUAUUGAUUGCACUAGUACAACGAUCACAAGAUCAAUCAUGUUCGUUCUUGAUAACACUGGCAGUGUGGGACAUGACGGUUGGGCGCAGCAGAAAGAUUUCAUGCGGAAAGUGGCGGAAUCGAUCAAAAAUGUCCGAAUGGGACUAGUUAUUAUCGCUGCAGAUCCUAAUAUAGAAAUUGAAAUUGAUUACUAUAACAAAAAUAAAGAAAAAGUCUGGAAUUUUAUUAAACACAAAAGAUGGGGAAACAGAUGGACUGGCAUUGGACCGGCACUUCGUCUUGCGCGCCUAAGUCUUGAGAGAAAGACGGGUGUAGCGUAA